AUGCCCAGAGAACUAUCCGAACUCACGCAGAAUAGGAUCCAAAAGAUCUGGAUUCCAUCUAAGGAUGAUAGACCCGCAGUACCCCGUAAAAGUGGUGGGGGCCCUCACCUGGCUAACCCCCCCACAGUGAUAGUCAUGGUGGGUCUUCCAGCCCGGGGGAAGACCUACAUGUCAAAGAAACUCACACGCUACCUGAACUGGGUCGGCAUGCCUACCAAAGUGUUCAACGUUGGGGAGUACCGCAGAGAAGCUGUGAAGAAUUAUAGCUCGUAUGACUUCUUCAGAUCAGACAAUGAGAAUGCUGUCAAAAUCAGACAACAAUGUGCCUUAGCUGCUCUGAGAGAUGUCAAGGCUUACCUCACAGAAGAGGGCGGCCAAGUUGCUGUUUUUGAUGCCACUAACACUACCAGAGACAGACGGGACCUGAUCCUGGACUUUGGCGCUGAAAAUGGCUUCAAGGUCUUCUUUAUUGAGUCGGUGUGUGAUGAUCCAAACGUCAUCGCUACCAAUAUCAUGGAAGUCAAGGUGUCUUGCCCAGAUUAUAAAGACUGUAACAAAAUGGACGCCAUGGAAGACUUCCAGAGAAGGAUUGAAUGUUACCGUGUUCACUACCAGCCUCUAGAUCCAGAUGAUUAUGACAAAGAUCUGUCAUUCAUUAAAGUGAUUGACGUUGGCCGACGUUUUCUGGUGAACCGCAUUCAGGACCAUAUUCAGAGCCGCAUUGUCUACUACCUGAUGAACAUCCAUGUGCAGCCACGUUCUAUUUAUCUGUGUCGCCAUGGAGAGAGCCAGCACAACCUGCAGGGCCGACUGGGUGGAGACUCUGGCCUGUCCACACGUGGAAGAAAGUUUGCGGAGGCCCUGUCCAGGUUUGUCGAGGAGCAAAACCUGAAGGAUCUGAAGGUGUGGACGAGUCAGCUUCGCAGAAGCAUCCAGACAGCGGAGGCUCUCGGUGUCCCGUAUGAGCAGUGGAAAGCCUUGAACGAAAUUGAUGCUGGUGUAUGCGAGGAGAUGACAUAUGAGGAAGUGAGGGAGAAGUUCCCAGAAGAGUUUGUUCUCAGAGAUCAAGACAAGUAUUACUAUCGCUACCCCACUGGAGAGUCAUAUCAGGACCUGGUGCAGCGGGUGGAGCCAGUCAUUAUGGAGCUUGAGAGGCAGGAGAAUGUUCUGGUCAUUUGCCACCAGGCUGUCAUGCGCUGUCUUCUGGCUUAUUUUCUGGACAAGAGUGCUGAUGAGAUGCCCUACCUUAAGUGUCCCCUCCACACUGUCCUGAAGCUAACACCAGUAGCUUACGGUUGCAAAGUUGAGUCCAUCUCACUGAAUGUGGAAGCAGUGAACACACACAGGGACAGACCAGAGGAGGUUAAGAGGGGUCCAGGCACUUUGAUCAGAAGGAACAGUGUCACUCCACUCACAAGUCCUGAGCCCAUGAAGAAACCUCGCAUUGACGACCCCACCAUCCCAGAGUUCACAGCUGCCCCUGUGACCUUCUGUUCCACAGCACACUCACCCCUCACACUUUCUACACAGCAUUGGCUUGGCCAAGCUUUUCUACGCAUUGCUUUUCACUACCUGAAAGUGGUUUCCGUGCUACUGUUUCAGAGGUAA